AUGUCCCUGUUUCCAUCUCUCCAUCUCCUUCUCUUGAUUGUGAUGACUGCAUCUCACACAGAAACAGAAAACUGUGAGGAUAUACAAAAUACCUGCCUUGUGAUUUCCUGCAACUCUCCAGGAAUCAAUGGCCUCCCAGGCAAAGAUGGGCAUGACGGUGCCAAGGGAGAAAAGGGAGAACCAGGACAAGGACUCAUAGGUUUGCAGGGCCUCCCUGGAAUGGUGGGGCCUCAAGGGAGCCCAGGAAUUCCUGGGUUGCCAGGACUAAAGGGCCAAAAAGGAGACGGAAUUGAUCCGGGUAAUAGCCUGGCAAAUCUGAGAUCAGAAUUGGACAAUAUCAAAAAGUGGCUUAUCUUCGCUCAGGGAAAACAAGUUGGGAAGAAGCUCUAUUUGACCAAUGGUAAAAAGAUGUCCUUUAAUGGAGUGAAGGCUCUGUGUGCCCAGUUCCAGGCCUCUGUGGCCACGCCUACGAAUUCUAGAGAAAACCAGGCCAUCCAGGAGUUAGCUGGAACUGAGGCCUUCCUGGGCAUCACAGAUGAGUACACUGAAGGCCAGUUUGUGGAUCUGACAGGAAAAAGGGUGAGGUACCAAAAUUGGAAUGACGGUGAGCCCAACAAUGCUGAUUCUGCGGAACACUGUGUAGAAAUCCUGAAGGAUGGCAAGUGGAAUGACAUCUUCUGUUCCUCCCAGCUUUUGGCUGUCUGUGAGUUCCCUGCCUGA